AUGGAACUGUUAGUGAAUGCUGUGAAAAAAAUCCAUAAACUAAAUGUUUGCAAAAGUUCGGUUCGUUACGUCAAUUCGUUGGCAGAUAGCGACUUGAAAACCGAAAGGGAUCUGCCGCUGGUGAUCGGGUCAAGCCAGGCUUUGGUGCAGAAACUAGGGACGCAGGUGGAGGUAAGAACGGCCUUCAUUACCGAGGAGGAGGAGGUUGCCCUUCUGCUGGAGCUGGAACCAGGCUUGAAGAAGAAACGCUACGAAUUCGAUCACUGGGAUGACGCUAUUCAUGGAUACAGAGAAACUGAACGUUUGACGUGGGGUGAAGCGUGCCAGGGCAUUUUAGCUCGUGUCCGUUCAGUAGCAUUUGCUUCUGGAAGCUCACUUCUUGGGCCCGUACAUGUCCUAGAUCUGGAUAAAACUGGUUAUAUCAAACCUCACAUUGACAGUGUCAAGUUCUGUGGCAGCACAAUCACUGGAUUGAGUCUUCUCUCAGACAGUGUCAUGCGCUUAGUUAAAGAGGAUGCUCACAGUGAAUGGCUAGAUCUGCUGCUGCCAAGACGCUCCCUCUACAUCCUAAGGAACCAAGCCCGGUAUGACUUCACUCAUGAAAUCCUAAAAGAUGAGGACUCUAUAUUUAAUGGACAGCGAGUUCCUAGGCAACGACGCAUCUCCGUUAUUUGUCGGAACCUUCCGGCUUGA